AUGGGUGGGAGAGUUGAUAGAACAGUAUCUCAAGGUGGUGGACCCCCGAUUUUCCGGAUAAAUGGACAAAACUUUCACUUAAUAGGAAGCUUGCAACCAAACAGUGGUGCCCCACCAAAGUUUGCGCAAUUGUACAUCCAUGACAGUGGUGCCCCACCAAAGUUUGCGCAAUUGUACAUCCAUGACACGAACAAUGAAAUUACGAAUCGUGUCAAUUCAAUAAGUGUGAAUGGAACUUCCUCAACGGAUGUACAAUUAGCAGUUGUCAAUGAUAUUAAGGAAGCGUUAGAUGAGCACAAUGUCUUGGUAAAGUCUUUCAGAAUGGCUAGGAAUGAGCUGCAAAAUGAUAGUACAAGAGAAAUCAAAAUGAGACUAAUAGCAAAAAGAACAACUGAUGCCAGGACAUAUAAUUUGCCAACAGUAUCGGAGGUUGCAGCCCUAAUUGUAGGUGACCUUGAUCCAAACAUGGGGGUGCGAGAUAUUUUGGUUGAGUGUAAAUCAGGGAAAUUGAAGAGAAUUAAUGAACUAAAUCCGGCAUACUUACCAUUGCAGUAUCCUAUUCUUUUUCCGUAUGGAGAAGACGGUUAUCGGGAUGAUAUCCAAUUCAAUACGACCAUUACUCAAGCAGGUCGGGAUGAUAUCCAAUUCAAUACGACCAUUACUCAAGCAGGUGGUAGCAGACAACGUAUAACUUCUCGGGAGUAUUUUGCAUAUCAAAUACAUGAAAGGAGAAGUACAUUGUCUACUUUAUUGCAUGCUAAAAGGUUGUUUCAACAGUUCUUGGUUGCUUUAUUGCAUGCUAAAAGGUUGUUUCAACAGUUCUUGGUUGAUGGAUAUACAAUGGUGGAAUCCGGUCGUCUUUUAUUCAUACGUAACAACCAAAAGGCUUUGCGUUGUGAAGUAUACAAAGGUUUGUCAGAUGCAUUGUUUUUGCGUUGUGAAGUAUACAAAGGUUAUCCCAACUUAUUCAUUACAUUCACAUGUAACCCCAAGUGGCCGGAAAUUCAACAUUACACGGGAAUUAGAGGCUUGCGAGCUGAAGAUAGACCUGAUAUUGUUGCCAGGGUUUUCAAGAUGAAGCUAGAUGCAUUAAUUAAAGAGUUCAAGGUUGGAAAAUUAUUUGGACCGGUCAAAGCAUUGAUAUACACAAUUGAAUUUCAAAAACGCGGACUGCCGCAUGCUCAUAUUGUCAUUUUCCUGGGAUCAACUGCUAUCAUUUCAUCUCCUGAGUUAAUGGACUCCUUAAUCUCAGCUGAAAUACCUGAUAAAGAAAAUGAUCCUGAAUACCAUCAAGCAGUUGAGGACUUUAUGAUCCAUGGUCCUUGCGGUGUAGCCAAAAAGAAUUCACCUUGCAUGGUUAAUGGGAAAUGCUCUAAACACUUUCCAAAGAAGUUUGUUGAUUUGUCUUCUUUUGAUCAAGAUGGAUACCCCUUAUAUAGAAGACGUGAUGACGGCAAAACAGUCAAAAGAAAUGGCAUUGAGUUGGAUAAUCGGUAUGUUGUUCCACAUAAUAGAUAUUUGUUGUUGAGAUACAAAGCACAUAUGAAUGUGGAGUGGUGCAACCAAUCAAGAUCUAUAAAAUACUUAUUCAAGUAUGUCAACAAAGGUAAUGAUCGGGUAACUGCUGAGUUUUAUCAAAGUGAAACAAAUGCUGAUGGGGUGGAAGUAGUCGAUGAGAUCAACAUGUACUAUGACUGCAGCUUCCACUUGCCAGAUAGCCAUACUGUUUUUUUCCAAGAUGACGAAGACGUGGAAUCAGUAUUGACAAAUCCAACUUUGGGCCAAAGCAUGUUCACUGAAUGGUUUGAGACGAACAAAAAAUACCCACAAGCUAAGCUUUUAACCUAUCUUGAGAUGCCAAAUAGAUUUGUGUGGAAGAAAAAUAUUCGUCAAUGGCAACCAAGACAAAGGGGUUUUGCAGUUGGUAGGAUAUUUUAUGUACCACCUGGUAGUGGUGAGUUGUAUUACCUAAAGUGUUUACUGAACAUAGUCAAAGGUCCUACAAGUUAUAAUGAAAUAAGGACAUACAAUGGAGUUGAAUACCAGACUUUUAAGGAGGCAUGUUAUGCACGGGGCUUAUUAGAAGAUGAUAAUGAAUACAUUGAUGCAAUUGAGGAGGCUAGCCAGUGGUCAAGUGCCUAUUCUUUGAGAAAGUUGUUUGUUACUCUAUUAAUGUCAAAUACAAUGGUCUCUCCAGAAACAGUGUGGAACAAAGUAUGGCUACAUCUAGCUGAUGAUGCUCAACACAGUUGUAGAAGAUUACUUAAUCAAUCAGAUUUGUUUUUAAAUGACGAAGAGAAGAAGGAGUUUGCUCUAUUACAGUUGUCAAAGCUUUUGUUAGUGUACAACAAAACUUUGAGGGACUUUCCAAACAUGCCUGUAAUUAAUGAAGCAAAACAGAGACGAAUAUAUGAUGCAGUCAUCUCAGAUAUUUAUUCAAACAACGGGGGUUUGUUUUUUGUUUAUGGUUAUGGUGGUACAGGGAAAACAUUUCUUUGGAGGGCACUAUCAGCUUUUAUUAGAGCAAAAGGUCAUAUUGUGAUCAAUGUUGCAUCAAGUGGAAUAGCGUCUCUACUACUUCCUGGUGGAAGAACUGCACACUCCAGGUUUUCAAUCCCCAUAUCUGUUAAUGAAGAUUCUACAUGCAAUAUUAGUCAAGGUAGCCAAUUGGCAGAACUAAUUGUGCAAGCAAAAUUAAUCAUUUGGGAUGAAGCACCCAUGAUGCACAAACAUUGUUUUGAGGCUUUGGAUAAAACAAUGAGAGAUCUAUUACGGUUUGUAAAUGAGGACAGUGAUAGUAAGACAUUUGGCGGAAAAACAGUUGUUUUAGGUGGGGACUUUAGGCAAAUUUUACCCGUGGUGCCAAAAGGAUCAAGACAGGAUAUUGUAUCUGCAUCUAUCAAUUCUUCAUAUCUCUGGACUCAUUGCAGAGUAAUGCGACUAACCAAGAAUUUGAGAUUAAUUUCAAUGGAGCCUGGUGUUCAACAAGAGCAGUUGGAAGAGUUUGCUAAUUGGCUAACCUCAAUAGGUGAUGGUAAUAUUGGAGUAGAUAAUGAUGGUUACGCGGAGUUUGAUAUUCCAUCAAAAUUAUUGUUGCACUCCAAUGGUGAUCCUAUUUCCACUAUUGUUCAAAGUACAUUCCCAAACUUUACUGGUGCCAACAUCGAUGGAAGUUGUUUUAAGAAUAGUGCAAUUCUAGCCAACAUCGAUGGAAGUUGUUUUAAGAAUAGUGCAAUUCUAGCACCCAUCGAUGGAAGUUGUUUUAAGAAUAGUGCAAUUCUAGCACCAACAUUAGGAAGUUGUUUUAAGAAUAGUGCAAUUCUAGCACCAACAUUACAGGUGGUCAAUGAAGUGAACCAAUAUAUGUCAAACUUAACUCAGGGGGAAGGAAAGACAUAUCUGAGUUCAGACACAACAUGUAAAGCAGAUGGUUCCAGUUCUGUGCUAUCGGAUGUACAUACACCUGAAUUCCUUAGUACCAUAAGAGCUUCCGGGCUUCCAAAUCAUUCUUUGACAUUAAAGGUAGGUUCACCAGUAAUGUUAAUGAGAAACAUUGAUCAUACUCUUGGAUUAUGCAAUGGAACUAGGUUAGUGGUAACUAAAUUAGGUAACCAUGUGGUUGAAGGUAGCAUAUUGGCAGGUCCGAAUGCUGGAACUAAGGUUUUAAUUGCUAGAAUGACAAUAACCCCAUCGGACCCAAGAUUACCUUUCAAGUUCAAUAGAAGACAAUUUCCCCUAAUGUUGUCAUAUGCAAUGACUAUCAACAAGAGUCAAGGACAAACAGUUUCGAAAGUGGGAUUGAUUCUAAAGAAUGGUCAAUUAUAUGUAGUUGCUUCAAGAGUCAGUCAACCAGACGGACUUAAAAUUUUAGUUUGUAAUGAAUCAAAACAAAAUUGUAAUUCUACUACAAAUGUAGUUUACAAAGAGGUUUUUAAUAAUUUGUAA